AUGGUUGACAGCAGCACCAGCUUGACGGCGCGCAUCGCGGCACUUCACGACACGCCAGGAGCCCAAGUCGUGCACGAGAUGGAGGCGAUUGCGGACGCAUUGGCCGCCAAGGAGGAGGCGCUGCGGAUGCAGGAAGUGCGCAUCGCCGCCCAGCUCGAAUUGCUCCAGCGCCUCGACACGCCGCGUCGUACCAAGAUCGACAGUGCCCCAACAACCAAGAUGGUCACACUCAAUGUUGGUGGUACAUUGUUUAAAACCGCGCGCGAGACGCUGCUACGCGUGCCAGGAAGCUACUUUGAAGCGAUGCUCUCCUCGGACACGUGGCGACCGAACGACGAUGGCGCCUACUUUUUAGACCUCGAUGCUCGCCUCUUUGCGUGUGUCAUGCGGUUUCUGCGCACAGGGACGCUUCCCUGCAGUGAGCUUGACGAUGCCGAAGCGUCCGACCUUCGCGACAUGUUGGACUAUCUGCAAAUCGGCUUUGAGAACGCGUCGCGCCCCGUCUUGUGCUGGGACCCGAAGCACUCGUCUCCGUGGCUCCUCUUUCACGGAAGCUCGACGUCACAAGUCAACUGGAAACCGAGCAUCGUCAUCGCGUCGACACCAGCAACCACGUUUGCUGUGCGUGUCCAGCUCGGGAGCUUGGUCGACGUCGGGUUUACCGUCUGGGAGCCAUCGAUGCCAGUGCCUGACCCGGCCAAGCCCAUUCCCGGCUGGUUCUUCAAGUGCGAGAAGGGCGACAUCUACUCGCAGCCCGAAAACCGGACAAACAUCGUCCAGCAUGACGCAACGGCGCCCUUGUGCUCGAUUUUGCUCCAAAUGACGUGGCAUCACCGAGACAGGAGGGUCUCGUUCGCCAUCAACGGCAUCACGCUCCCCGCGCGCCUCGAGUGCGAUCCAAAGACAGAGUGUCUGCUGUAUCCUAUGGCGCGCGUUUGUUUGGGCAGCGUUUGCAUGGGCAGCGUUGAACUAUUGCCGUUGUAA